AUUUCCACAUGAUUUAUAUUUAUAUUUCAAGAAUCAAAUUCAUAUUAUGCUGAUAAUUUAAUUUCAUUUCAUAAUAUAGUUAUAAUAAUUAUUAUUAUAAUUUCAACAUUAACUGUAUAUAUUAUUUUAGAUUUAUUUAUAAACAAAUUCUCAAAUUUAUUUUUAUUAAAAAAUCAUAAUAUUGAAAUUAUUUGAACAAUUAUUCCAAUUAUUAUUCUAUUAAUUAUUUGUUUUCCAUCAUUAAAAAUUUUAUAUUUAAUUGAUGAAAUUGUAAAUCCUUUUUUUUCAAUUAAAUCAAUUGGUCAUCAAUGAUAUUGAUCAUAUGAAUAUCCAGAAUUUAAUAAUAUUGAAUUUGAUUCAUAUAUACUAAAUUAUAAUAAUUUAAACCAAUUUCGUUUACUAGAAACUGAUAAUCGAAUAGUAAUUCCAAUAAAAAUCCCACUACGUUUAAUUACAACAUCAACAGAUGUAAUUCAUUCAUGAACAGUUCCAUCCUUAGGUAUUAAAGUUGAUGCAGUUCCAGGACGAAUUAAUCAAUUAAAUUUAAUUAGAAAACGUCCAGGAAUUUUUUUUGGUCAAUGUUCAGAAAUUUGUGGUAUAAAUCAUAGAUUUAUACCAAUUAUAAUUGAAUCAACUUCAUUUCAAUAUUUUUUAAAUUGAGUAAAUAAACAAAUCUAA